GUUUAUGACUCCCUGUUAGCGACACGUACUGGCUUGAAUGCGGCUGGCCGUGACGCAGCUCCUUCUCGGAAGUAGGGGACAAACGUACGGUCUGUCUCCGGACCUGCAGCGCCUUUUCCCGUACGGCGGCUCGGCAAAGCGCACAGACAGCAAGCAGACAACGGAGCUUUUCACACUGUGCCAUUCAUCAUUAGGCACCAUGCCAGUAUCACCAUUGCCAGGGUCCUUGCUGAUAGCUCUUUUACCAGUGCUGCUGUUGUGCUGGGCUGAUCUGUGUCAUGGGAUUCCUGACCGCCAUAAGAGGGACAUCCUAAAGCAGCAGGAGGCCUCCAGGCAGAUAGGGGGCAGAGUGCUGCUGACGGAGAAGGAGAGGCAACUCAACACUCAGCUUCAAAAACUGAAAGAGCAGGAAAUGGCCGGGCCGCAGUUCCCUCCUGCUAUGCACUUCUUCAAAGCGCGGCCACUGAUACAGCGCAGUCCGGUUUUCAACCUGCUGAGAAAGAUGCCCAAAGGAGCGGCACUGCACAUUCAUGACUUCUCCCUGGUUGACGUGGAAUGGCUGGUGAAGAAUGUCACCUACAGGCCGCACUGCUACAUCUGCAUCACCGAGGACGACUCUGUACGCUUCCGCUUCUCCGGCCAGCUGCCCCCGCCCCGCCCUCAGUGCUCCCCCUGGGUGCUGCUGGAGACUCUGAGAAAGCAGCUAGGAAACACCACCGACCUUGACAGCAGUUUGAUAAGGAACCUCACCCUGGUGACUGCAGACCCCGAUUCUGCGUACCCCAGCCAGGAUGCGGUGUGGAAGAAGUUUGAGCAGGUCUUCAUGGUGGCCAUGGGCCUCGUAACUCAUGCCCCUGUGUUCAAGGAUUAUUUCUAUCAGGGCCUGCAGAUGCUUUACAAGGACAACAUCAUGUACCUCGAGCUGAGAGCUCUGCUGCCUGAAAUCUAUGAGCUCGAUGGCAGCACACGUGACCGAGCCUGGUGUCUCCAGGCCUAUCAGGACGUGGUCAAACAGUUUGUGUCUCAGCAUCCAGACUUCCUGGGCGCUCGCAUCAUCUUCACCGUUCACAGGGGUGUAAACCUCACUACGCUCAAAGAUGCUGUGCAGGAGGCCAUGUACCUCCUGAAGGUCUUUCCAGACACCAUGGCAGGAUUCGACUUGGUGGGCCGUGAGGACAGCGGCAGGCCCCUGUGGUACUUCAGGGAGGCCCUGUCUCUGCCAGCAGACCUCGGAGUCACCCUGCCCUACUACUUCCACGCAGGAGAGACCAACCAGGAGGGCACAGAGGUGGACGGGAAUGUGCUCGACGCCCUGCUGUUUAACACCUCUCGCAUUGGCCACGGCUUUGCUAUGGCUCACCACCCAUUGGCCAAGGAGCUCUCCAGGAAGAUGGGGGUGGCUGUGGAGGUGUGUCCCAUUUCCAACCAGGUCCUGAAGCUGGUCUCAGAUCUGCGGAACCACCCUGCCAGCACGCUGAUGUCUGAGGGACAUCCUCUGGUGAUCAGCUCUGACGACCCGGCCCUCUUCGGGGCGGCUGGGCUCUCAUACGAUUUUUACGAGGCUUUCAUGGGCAUCGGCGGGAUGAGCUCCCACCUGGGCACCCUCAAAGACCUGGCCUACAAUUCCCUCUGGUACAGCUCCCUGUCUCCUCAGCUGAAGGAGAAAGCGCUGAAGAUAUGGAGUACAAAGUGGGAUGAGUUCAUCUCCCAGAAUUCCAAGUAGGGCAGGAUCACUCCAGCUCAUAGUUGCUAUGCCUGGAAACGGUAUGGAUCUCUGUUACUCCAUAAUGGCUCAUAGAACUCCAUAGUUACACCACAAACAGUGAUAGUUAAUGGUGAAUCUGUCUCUCAAAGACAGGGAUCCAUGUCAGACACAGUUGUGUCAUAAGAAUAGAUUCUAUCAAUUGAUCUUCUAACCACUUAUCCUGGACAGAGUCUUGAGGGACCCUUAGUCUGUCUCAGGCAGCACAGGGUGCAAGACUGGGCUGCAACCAGUGGGGUGGCUUAGAGAUGUCAGUUAGCCAGAUGGCAUGUCUUCGUACUGCGGGAGAAAACUGGGACACCCAGGGGAUCAUGGGGAGAAGGUGCAAGCCCUACACGCACAGAGCAGAAAUGGGAUUUGACCCCCUACCCUGCAGGUGUGAAGAAACAGCGAAAUCCAGCCAGAUACCUGGGACUAGAUUUUACUUUUUCGACAUGUUCUACAUUUCAAUGUUUGGUGAAGGAAACACACAAUGUCCACAAACGCAGCACAGCAUUUUUGGUAGAAUUUUUUAAUGAUGAAAAGUUGAGGUACAGAUUUAAGUGGUUAUCAUGGAUUUAUGAUUUUGGUGCAUCAAUUGUAUUCGAGUCACAGUGUUUUUGAUACUUUCUGAAUUUGUUUGACCCACUGAAGUCUGGUAAAUGAGCACUUUUCUGAAAUGAAAUGUGAUAGUGUGUGUUCACUGUGCUGAUUCCACAAAGUUCUUAAUUUCUCAAUAUCCAAUAGGCAGCCAAUGUGUCCAAUUAAACUGCCAUUGUGAUCUCAUAGAAAAACAGUGUCCUUUUCUACGUUGAAUUAUGGAUAUUAACUAUAACUUCAAAAGUUACAUAUUAGCCGUUGUCUGGGUGUGUGUAGUUAAGUGUUUUUAACAUUAGUUUGUAUACUUUGGAUGAAAAGUGAUUCAUCAUGAUUAGUAUGCAUUGCUGGUUGUGUAUAAUAAUGACAUCAGAAAUUAAAUUCAUGUGACUUUAAACUUGUA